AUGAACUUCGCCCGCCACCUUCUCCGCCGUGCUGUUAUUGCUCCUCUUCCCUCUCGAGGGAUCCCAAUAAUUCUUCCAUCUCUCUGCGCCGCUCCAGUUAGAGCUCUUGCGGCCCCAGUUCCAGGAGUCAUUAUACCACGACUUCAGCAAUCUGUACGCCAUGAGUCCUCGACAGCAAUUGGGGCAAUCGGAAAUACGGGGACAGCCGCAGAAGGCGAAGAAGUAAAGGAGACUAAGCCGCCCAGUUAUGAACUUACGGUCACCUGCAGACCAUGUACACACAGGUCUUCACACACAAUCACUAAGCAGGGGUACCACCACGGUUCAGUAAUGAUUACAUGCCCCGGGUGCCAGAACCGUCAUGUUAUCUCCGAUCACUUGAAGAUAUUCGGCGAAACCGCCCGCUCGUUCGAGGAUAUCCUCUCUCAAUCUGGCUCGGGCGAGACCGUCAAGAAAGUCGCCCUUUCCCCGGAAGAACAGAUGGCUGCCGUGGAAAAGGUACUGAAGGAGAAGGGCAUCUGGAGCAAGGAUGGAGGCGAUGUAGAACUGUUGCCGGAUGAGCCAAAGGAGACGGAAGAAGACUGGCGGAAGGGACUAGUAGGGGAAAAUGAAAAGAAAGAAUAG